AUGCCCACUUCUGGCCGGCUGUUAGCGUCCCUCUAUCACAUGAAGGUGAUCGGGUAAUGGAAUACACACCUCGGGAGGAGGUCAAGAGACCGUUCGAAGCCGACAUUCGCGACAGUUGCUGUGGCAACGCUGCCGGUUGCGGACGCCUAUACUGUCCUCAUGGGUGAUUUGGCGAGACGGCAAAUUGGUGCACUUGAGCGUAUUUCCGGCGUGAGUUUGGCAGACCGGGAGUUCAGACACUUUUGCGGCCAAUCGACGCAGGAUUUGACGACUUAUCACCGGUUGUCAUGUGAGUUUGGUCAAGAUUUUAGUCUAUGA